UUUUCCCAUCCAAAUACUCGUCAUUAUGUCCGAAGCCAUACACUCGUUUCAGUCACAGCUAUCCGGGGUCAUGGAGACCGUUUUCAAAGCUGCCAUGUUUGAGAUCACCCGGCUCGUGGAGGACAGUUUCGUGAAGGAAGUGUCCCGCAGUCGAGAGCAGGUGGAGACUCUCAAGAAGAGGCUGCAGUGGAGCGAGUGCAGAAGGAAAAACCAGGAGAUGCGCGCCCUGAGGUGUGCAGAGUGUGGUGACAAAGCUCGUGUGUGUAACAGUGAAAGAGAAGAAUUGUUACCACAAUCAGAAAAUGAACGCAGCCUCAAACAGGAGAGAGUUCCGGUUGGGAACUGGGGAAGCUGUGAGUUGGAGACUGACACACAUUUGGGUGACAAAGAGAGAUUAGAAGAUCAAACCAGACCCAGUAACACAACAGAGUCUGCUGGUACAGAGGACAGGAAACUGGACUGCGUGUUGAAAGAGGAGGCCCUCUAUGCCACUGCUGAUAAUAAGGAGCUUCAGGAUGGGUGGACACUAAAUACUGAAGGAGCUGAGAGGAUGGAUUUCUCAGCUCAUAGUUACAGUGAGCAAGAGCUGCAACAGAUUCAGGAAGACUGGAGCUCCGGACUUGAACAGACCGCUGACAGUGAGACUUACGCAAACAUCGUAGACGUUCAGGGCUUGCCAUACCGAACACAUUACAAUGCAGAAGAGCUAGCGAGCUACAGUGUACAUGAACUGGACAUGGGAAACCUGGACAGUCUUGGAGGAAAAACUCAAGACACAUUAGGUCAUGCAGUUGCAGUUGGGACUGAUCAAAAAGACCUGGUUGAGGAAGGUGGGAGACGUUACAGCUCUUCCAUUAGGAGUAAAAGAGGAAACAGAGCAUCUUUACCUGCACAAGUCAACCCCGAGACAGAAGACGUGGAUAGAGACUGUAUACUUAUUAAUGCAGAUGGCCACAUACAAGACACAAGUGCCCUCACGGAAGUUCACAGUGGGAUUGAAGAUGGUGCUGGACAUAGAGGACACUCACUUUACACUGGGGACACAGCUAGUAGUGCACUUUAUAAGGGACAUGCAUCGAAUCACUCUCUCAAGUCUAAUGUUGGACAAGCAUUAGGUGACAGCAGGGCUUCUGGGAAAGGCUACCCGGUCUCCCAACGAGUCGUUUCAAGUGCUGGAUAUACUUGUAACCAGUGCGGUAAGAAGUUCACUCAGGCCUGCAACCUAAAAGUCCACCAGCGUGUCCACCAGCGGGACGGUCUCCAUUUGUGCAGCCACUGUGGGAAAGGCUACUCGUCCUUCAGUGACCUGCGUAGACACAAAUGCAGCCAGAGCGGAGACAAACCCUACACCUGCACGCUUUGUGGGAACAAAUUCAGCCGACUAUGGAAUCUCAAGCUGCAUCAACGCAUUCACACGCAGGAGAAACCACACAAGUGCACUCUGUGCAGUAAGAGCUUUACCCGGGCCGACAUCUUGAAAGUCCACCAACGUACCCAUACAGGAGAAAGACCGUACUGCUGUGGUAUCUGUGGACUGAGCUUCAAACGAAUGGACCAUCUCAGGUCACAUCAUCGCAAACAUAGUGCUGACCCGAAUAAUCAAUGACGAAAAAAUUCACCUCACAACCUUACAGAGUUGGUUUGACUUUUAAAUUGUUG